AUGCCAGCCUGGCUGCGCGCUGCGUCUUGGGCUCGCUCCGCCGCGCAGCGCCGGCCCCGGGGCAGCCCGAGCGCGGCGGGGGGUGAGACGGCGGGGAGGCCAUGCCGCACUUCACGGUGGUGCCGGUGGAGCAGCAGCAGGAGCCCCCCAGCGGCUACGACGCCUUGGAGGGGCUCAGCUGGGUGGACUACAGCAGCCAGCCCGGAGGCGCGCCCCGCAGAGGCUCCCAGCUGCGCCAGCGCGAUGCCGACGACACGGUCAGCUCCGACGGUCAUGGUAACCAUAAAGAAAGCAGCCCUUUUCUCAACAACUCUGAAGCUGGCAAAGGAGGAGACUAUUAUGACAGAAAUUUGGCCUUGUUUGAGGAGGAACUGGAUAUUCGCCCAAAGGUCUCUUCCCUGCUUGGCAAACUGGUCAGCUACACAAAUCUCACUCAGGGAGCUAAAGAGCAUGAAGAAGCAGAGAGUGCCGAAGGCUCGAGGCGGAAAAUAUCGAAAUCACCCAGCAUGGGCACCUUGAUGGGAGUCUACCUGCCAUGUAUGCAGAACAUUUUUGGGGUCAUUCUCUUCCUUCGACUGACAUGGAUGGUGGGAACCGCUGGAGUUCUUCAGUCCUUCCUCAUUGUCUUAAUCUGUUGCUGUUGUACCAUGCUGACAGCCAUAUCAAUGAGUGCUAUUGCCACAAACGGGGUCGUACCAGCUGGUGGCUCUUACUUCAUGAUCUCAAGAUCAUUGGGUCCGGAGUUUGGUGGAGCAGUGGGCUUGUGUUUUUACUUGGGGACAACUUUUGCAGGUGCCAUGUACAUCCUUGGUGCCAUUGAAAUCCUGCUGACCUACAUCGCCCCCCAGGCUGCCAUUUUUCACUCCACGGGAGUCCACGACACGUCCAGCGCCAGCCUCAACAACAUGCGAGUUUACGGGACUCUAUUCCUCACCUUCAUGGCCGUGGUGGUUUUCGUCGGCGUGAAAUACGUCAACAAAUUUGCUUCUCUCUUUCUGGCAUGUGUCAUAAUAUCUAUUUUGUCCAUCUAUGCCGGGGCCAUCAAAUCCAUCUUUCAUCCUCCUGCUUUUCCCGUUUGCAUGUUGGGCAACAGAACUCUUUCAAGGGACCAGUUUGACAUCUGUGCCAAAACAAUGGUGGUUGACAACAUGACCCAGCCCACCAAGCUGACGGAGAACUUCUGCCCAAAUUACAACCUCACCUCUGAGGACUGCGAUGAGUACUUCCGCUUCAAUAAUGUUACAGAAAUUGCAGGGAUUCCUGGCGCUGCCAGCGGCAUUUUGAAAGAUAACAUCUGGAGUAAUUAUUUGGAGAAAGGAGAGAUCCUGGAGAAAGCUGACCACCCAUCUGUGGAUGUUUCUGGACACAACAGUAAGCUCCACCUGUACGUUUAUGCAGACAUAGCAACAUCUUUCACAGUGCUCGUAGGCAUCUUCUUUCCUUCUGUGACAGGGAUCAUGGCUGGCUCAAACCGAUCCGGAGACCUCAAGGAUGCCCAGAAAUCUAUCCCUAUUGGGACAAUCCUGGCCAUUGCCACCACGUCUCUAGUCUAUUUCAGCUGCGUAGUGCUUUUCGGAGCUUGUAUUGAAGGUGUUGUUCUCAGAGACAAGUAUGGUGAUGGUGUGAACAAGAAUUUGGUGGUGGGCACGCUUUCGUGGCCCUCGCCGUGGGUCAUUGUGAUCGGCUCAUUUUUCUCUACUUGCGGGGCAGGUUUGCAGAGCCUCACCGGAGCCCCCCGGCUGCUUCAAGCAAUUGCCAAGGACAACAUAAUUCCUUUCUUAAGGGUCUUUGGCCAUGGAAAGGCAAACGGAGAGCCAACUUGGGCCCUUCUGCUGACAGCAGUGAUUGCAGAGCUGGGGAUUCUUAUUGCAUCCCUGGACAUGGUGGCUCCCAUUCUUUCCAUGUUUUUCUUGAUGUGUUACCUGUUUGUUAAUUUGGCUUGCGCAGUGCAAACGCUUUUAAGGACACCAAACUGGCGACCCAGAUUUAAGUACUAUCACUGGGCAUUGUCUUUCUUGGGCAUGAGCAUCUGUCUCGCUCUGAUGUUCAUUUCAUCCUGGUAUUAUGCUUUAGUGGCUAUGCUCAUUGCCGGCAUGAUUUACAAGUACAUUGAAUAUCAGGGGGCUGAGAAAGAAUGGGGUGAUGGGAUUCGGGGUCUGUCACUCAGUGCCGCCAGGUAUGCUUUGCUGAGAUUGGAGGAAGGGCCCCCUCACACCAAGAACUGGAGGCCGCAGCUACUAGUGCUUCUGAAACUGGAUGAGGAUUUGCAUGUGAAGUAUCCGAGACUGUUGACAUUUGCUUCUCAGCUGAAAGCUGGCAAAGGCUUGACCAUUGUUGGAACCGCCAUCCAAGGCAACUUCCUGGAGAGUUACGGAGAGGCCCAGGCUGCGGAGCAGACUAUCAAGAACAUGAUAGAAAUAGAGAAGGUGAAAGGUUUCUGUCAAGUUGUCGUGGCUAACAAAGUGCGAGACGGCAUUUCCCACUUGAUACAGUCGUCCGGGUUGGGUGGCAUGAAGCACAACAGCGUGGUGUUGGGCUGGCCCUACGGAUGGAGGCAAAGUGAAGAUCCAAGAGCCUGGAAGACUUUUAUAGACACCGUGCGUUGCACGACUGCGGCCCACCUGGCCUUGCUGGUUCCCAAAAAUGUGUCCUUCUACCCCAGCAACCACGAGCGUUACCUCGAAGGGAACAUCGACGUCUGGUGGAUUGUGCAUGACGGAGGCAUGUUGAUGCUGCUUCCCUUCCUACUCAAACAGCAUAAAGUUUGGCGGAAGUGCAAAAUGCGGAUAUUCACCGUCGCCCAAAUGGACGACAACAGUAUCCAGAUGAAGAAAGAUUUGGCGACUUUCCUUUAUCACCUCCGAAUUGAGGCUGAAGUGGAAGUGGUAGAAAUGCAAAACAGCGAUAUCUCGGCCUACACUUAUGAGCGGACUCUGAUGAUGGAGCAGAGAUCUCAGAUGCUGAGACAGAUGAGGUUGACCAAAACAGAAAGAGAAAGGGAGGCUCAGCUCGUGAAGGACAGACACUCAAUCAUCAGGUUGGAGAGCCUCUACUCGGACGAGGAGGAUGAGGGGGAAGCAGUGCCCGAAAAGAUCCAGAUGACUUGGACAAAGGACAAAUACGACAAUGAGAAAUGGAGGCGGAAUAGUGCAGUGGAGAACUUCCGAGAGCUCAUCAGUAUUAAACCUGAGUGGGGAAGUCUCAACCAGUCAAAUGUUCGAAGAAUGCACACCGCCGUGAAGCUGAAUGAAGUCAUUGUGAAUCGGUCCCAUGAUGCACGGCUCGUGCUUCUCAAUAUGCCUGGCCCUCCCAAAAACACUGAAGGGGAUGAAAACUACAUGGAGUUUCUUGAAGUCCUGACUGAAGGCUUGGAACGGGUGUUAUUAGUCCGAGGCGGUGGCCGAGAAGUCAUCACCAUCUACUCCUGAUGCAGCGGAACAGCCGCUGUCCUGCUUACCAUCUUUUUGGCCAAGGACAUUCCAUUUCCAAAAGGAGACCAAGAAGAUGCUCGUCUCUUUCUCUGCCUCCACCUGUACAUUAUCUCUCCCUUUUCCCAUAGUUGGGGUUGUUUUUUUCUUCUCACAAAGGUGCACUGUAGAUGGAAAAUGCAGAUCUCACUGAAUACGUCUUCCAAUUGCAACAUACAUAUCUCUCUUUGAGCGUGAUGGUGUUGUACCAUUCCGCUAAGAGACAUGGGAUGGAUCUCAUGCAGUUCUGCUCCUGUGUUCUUCCUUCAGCAGACACGGUUGUACAGUUCUAAUACUAAACUUUUUUGAGAAAGCAAAGAGCAGUAUUUUUAGUUGCUGAAGUCCGUUAUCCGUUAAAAAGAAUUUGAAUACGAGACUUUUCUAUUAAGGGGGUUGGGGGUUGGGGCGUACUUUAUAGAGGAGGUAGUUUCUGCUGAUAUUCUGCAUUUUCUACGAUAAAAAGAGAAAAUACAAAAGUACUUUUUAAAAGAAAAGUAGCACACAGUUUUUGUAGGUUUAUCUUCAGAAUUACGGUUUCAGUAUUGCAAAAAAACAAUUUUUGAGAUGCAGGCUUAAAUUAUGAUCAUUUUUGUACGCAGACGGCUACAAUGAUGUGCCAGAGACAUAGAUGUCUCUUUGAUUAAAAAUAGACUUUCUGCCCCUUUUUGAGCCCCUUAUUUAUUUUUCUAUUUAUUUGCUAGACGCGUUGGCAGUGAAAACGCACACGGUCUGAAAUGAUCACAGUCUGCUGCUUGCUGGCUGUUUUUGCAGGUCAACGACCAAGACUUUGUACUGAGCACAGGUGAUUCACUGGAUGUUUCCUGAGAGGCUCUUUCAAUUAAUUUCAAACCAGUUGAAGAUCGAAGAUUCGAUCAGCAUAGCUCUGCUCUGUUUCAAAAUAUUCUGUAAACUGCCGGCUGCCGUGGUGUAAAAGGUGUAGAUCGCAGAGAGUAAUAACUAUUGUUAGAAGCCAUGGUGGUUGCUGUUGGAGGUAUAUAGGCUUUAGGAAAAGAAAUGGCUUUAUAAAAUAACCACAACGUCUUAGUGUUUGUCAGCACAUUAAAUUGUACAAGAGAUGUGUAUUUUUUUUCAAUAAAAUAUUGCAUACGCUUG